AAAUAUGCAAGCAAGCAUAAACAUUGUGUGUUUUUAUUGACAUAACAGUACAGCAACUAGACACAAACAUGCACGACAUGAGUAGUGACAGUGAUGGAGAGUGCUCAAAAGAAAUUCAGAGAAAAUACAUCGACAGCAAUGAUAAGUUGAAGGAUUUUGGAUGGACUGAUCUCCCAUUACGUCCAUAUCAGCUGACUGGAGUGAACUGGCUUAUUGAGUGUUAUCAAAAAGGUCACGGUGCUAUUCUUGGAGAUGAAAUGGGUCUCGGCAAAACUUGCCAGACCAUAGCAUUCCUGGCAUACAUAGAUUCCAGAGCCAAGAAGUGGCACCCAAACCUGAUCAUCUGUCCUCGGUCCAUCUUGGAGAACUGGGUAGCUGAGCUUACAAAGUUUGCUCCUGAAAUAAAAGUGAAGAGUUAUGUAGGGAACAAAGAUGAGAGGAAUGCCCUGGCCAAGGAGCUGCGUACUCAAGUAAAGGCUGGCAGACAGCCCUUCAGUGUCCUUGUUACGACAUAUGAGCUUUGUUUAAAGGAUGCUGAGUUAAAUGGUUUCCUGGCCUCCCAGGACUGGAGAGCGGUUGUAGUAGAUGAGGCUCACCGUCUCAAAAACAGUGAAUCUCUGCUGUACACAACUCUGAAACAGUGGAGUACGAGACACAGAGUGCUGUUGACUGGCACACCUGUACAGAACAACCUAGAAGAACUCUACUCUCUUCUUAGCUUCGUCUGCCCUUCAAGCUUCAGGCUGUCUGGCGUGGAGAAAUUUCUCCGCAAGUUCAAGGACAUCGAACGUUCAAAAGGUGUGUCUGAGCUACACGCCCUCCUUCAGCCCUACCUUCUGAGAAGGACCAAGGAGGGUGUACUGAAGGACCUACCCAAGAAAUCUGAAGUUGUUCUCUACCAUGGCAUCUCCAAGCUACAGAAGAAAGUCUACAAGGCUAUUCUCACCAAGGAUCUUUCGGUCUUUCAGACGAGAGGUAACUAUCCGGGUGGAGGAGGAGGAACUCCUCGCCUGAUGAACAUCCUAAUGCAGCUCCGCAAGUGUGUCAACCAUCCCUACCUCUUCGAUGGUGUAGAGCCGGAACCGUUUUUAUUGGGAGAACACCUGGUGGAGGCCAGUGGUAAACUGGUGUUGAUUGACAAGCUCCUUUCUCACCUAAAACAGACUGGCCACAAAGUGCUCCUCUUUUCUCAAAUGACACACAUGCUAGACAUUAUACAGGACUAUCUUGGCUACAGAGACUACACCUAUGAACGCCUGGAUGGCUCUGUGAGGGGAGAAGAAAGAUUUCUUGCUGUACAAAACUUCAAUAAAAAUGAAGAAACUUUUAUAUUCUUACUGAGCACAAGAGCAGGUGGUCAGGGGUUGAACUUGGUGGCAGCUGAUACUGUAAUAUUUGUGGACAGUGACUUUAACCCCCAAAAUGACCUCCAGGCUGCUGCUAGAGCACAUCGCAUUGGACAAGUGAGACCAGUGAAGAUUAUGAGGUUGAUUGGCCGUAAUACUGUGGAAGAAAUAAUUCUGCGCCGUGCAGAGGACAAACUCCAUCUCACAGAGAAAGUCAUUGAGGAGGGCCAGUUCACUCUCGGAGCCAAAUCUCUCAUCACCAAUGAUAAAGUUGGGCUUCAAGACAUCCUCAAGUUUGGUGUAGACACUUUACUGGAUGACAAUGAUACAGAUGAAACCGAUGUAGACUUCACACAGAUUCUCGGCCCAUCUGUCAACGGGGAAUGGCAACCUGAGGAGGAGCCAGAAGUAAAGACCAGCCAAUCAGCAGUCCUGGAGGAGGCACCGUCCAGUAUGUAUGAGUUUGAGGGCACAGACUAUUCAAAAGAACCCAGUGCUGAAGACAUUAAGGCUUUUGAAAAACUUCUGGCAGUUGAAAAGCAAGUAUUAGAUGAGGAAUAUACAGCGGAGAGAUCCAGUCGUGGAAAAGCAACACAGGUAUUGGAACUUUUCCCAGGGGUCAAACGGAAACCAAGGACACCUUUGACUGCAGAGGAACUGGAGGAAAGAAAUGCCAAGAGAAAAGAGACAGAAGAGAGGAAAGCAAAGCUUGCUGAAGAAAAGAAGGCGAGGAGAGAGGAUCAGAAAAGAAAGCAAAGAGAAGACAUGUGGAAUGCAGCAGGGUACAUUUCUUCCUGUGUACAGAUUGAGAGUGAUGAGGAGGAGGAAGAGAAUGGGGAAGAUGAGGAGGAAUUUGAUCUCACUCAAGAAGAGGAAGAUGGAGGAGUUGCUAAGAAUAGGUCUAUCAGCUAUGUCAGUGGGGAUGUGACAUGCCCAGUUACUGGAGGGACACAAGUCAAUGUCAUUGUACACUGUGCAGAUGACUCUGGAAGCUGGGGUCGAGGGGGUCUGUUCUCUGCGAUUGGACGACGAUCCUCAGCACCACAGGAGCAGUAUGAGUUAGCGGGAGAUAUGGGAGAUUUGGCUCUAGGGAACUGUCAUCUCAUUGCUCUUGACGACAAUCACACUCGAGAUGGAGAGGAAGACUGGUUAGCCCUGGUGAUAGCCCAGCACAGGGAUAAGAGGAACAACCUGUCUGGUAUAAAGUUGUCUGCCCUUCAGCAAGGUCUUAAGGCUGUUCACUACCUCGCUAAAGCAAGAAAAGCCAGUGUACAUCUUCCAAGAAUUGGACACGACACUCCUUGGUUUAACUGGUAUGGUACUGAGAGACUCAUCAAGAAACACCUUACAGCAGAAGGCAUUCCAACCUUCAUUUAUUACUAUCCACGUAAACAGCAACUUUUAAAGAGGAAAUCUUCAGAAGAUAGUGAUCCACCAGCUAAAAAGAAGAAGAUAUCUACUGUCAGCUUUAAGGAGGAGGAGGAGAACAAACCUCAUACCCUCCUAGAUAUCUUCCAUGGCGUCACCGCCUACCUGCAUCCGUCCAAUAUGGCUGCUGACCAGAUCAAGAGAUACCGGCGAUAUUUAGUGGCUUAUGAUGCUGAUGUUGAGGUUGCCAUAGGAGACAAGACGACCCAUGUGAUAGUCCACUCUACCUGCUCAACAGAGGACAGGAAAUCCCUUGUGAUCCCAGAUGAAGCUGUGGUUGUAUAUGAAAAAUGGUUGGAUGAUAGUUUAAAGAAGGGGCGCUGUCUGCCGUCACAUGGGUACUUGGUUGACAAAUAGACUACAAUAAGCACAGAAAACCUUGUAAACAGUUCACAGAACUCGACUGUAGAAAGCUGGUGAUAGCAGAGCUGUUGGUCACUUCCCAAGCCAUCCACUCUGAUAUGCCUCAUAACUAUAAAGUGGAUGGGAAAUUGAAAAAAAUGAAUGUUCAAUUUAUCCAUCUGCAAUUGAGUUGAAUUCAUGAUUUUAGGUUAAAAGUCAGCAGAGGAGUUAAGACGUGCUGCAAAGAUGUGUCAGAAAUGUGUCAAAGAUGUGUCAAAGAUGUGUCAGAGAUGUGUCAGAGAUGUGUCAAAGUUGUGUCAAA